AUGUGCAACGGGUAUUUGUUGGUGUUAUAUGAGAAUGGUGCUAUAGGCUAUAUCAGGCAGUUUGACUUGACAGACUGCGAAGUGUCGGAAUGGGGUCGGUGGUCUUCGUGCAACGUGGACUGUGGCACGGGUUUCAUGAGUCGAGAAAGGAAUAUAAUUCAGCAUCCUCAGAACGGUGGACGACACUGUCCGGAAUUAAUUCAGAAAAGAGGCUGUUUGGGUACUCGUUGCGAAACUAAAUCGGUUAUUAAAGCACACAGAGAAAUGGCUUUAAUUCUACCAUCCAUGUAUUCCCAAAUACGUACAGCCAACUCUACUAACGAUAUAAGAAAGAACUUGCGACUUCGUUACCCCAAAGAUCCGGCUAAAGAAAGCAGCAAAGAGUAUUGCAUCGUGUUCGAAGUCACUAAAGUCCGCAAGGCGUGCCAUCACAUGGAAGACGAGGUGUCCAAAGUAAUGACGAAAGGAUCUCAGAUAUGCGUAACUUGCGAGCACGCUGCAAUGCGUAAACAUCUAGGUUACAGAUGCAACGGGCACGGGAUCCACAACAAACCGACAAGGUGGGCCACCCUAUCGAAUCCGCAAUGCCACGGACGUUGGAUAAGGAAAGAGAAGAUAGAUCAAUGUCCUUGCCACGAGGGGGGAAAACCGGAUUUCAUAUUCGUCUGAUAUUAAUGAGGAUCGAAUAAAUAAAUAAAUAAAAAGGGAAUAAUCAUUCGUUAACGCAUAAAAAAUAAAACGUCAUCGGUAACACCUACACUUAUUAUUAUUAUUAUUUUUUCUUUUUGUGAAAAACAAUAGCAAAAUUCGCGAUGCUGUCAUUCGAGAUCACGCCGGGUAGAUUCUUGUUUUGUAGCAAGUAUAUC